AGUUUGGAGACCCAUUUUGUCGAUCCGGUCUUCAUGGUUUUCGGCCAGAGCUUGCUUUGCAGGUUUGACGCCGGUUUGUUCAACGAAAUAGGAAGGCGCAUCUCUUUCCUGCCUCUCUUCAAAGUGAAGCAGAAACCCGCGGAAAAUUUCCAAGAGACCAGCCUCUUUCAAAAUGAGAGCGCUGCUGUGUCUGAUCGCUGUCUGGGCGUUCAGUUGUGUGGCAGCUCACCAGGCGACCAAGACCUAUGAAGGCUACAAGGUGAUACGCGUCGUGCCGCAAAGCGCGCAGGAACUGCACAAGCUGAUGGCAAUCAAGGAGGAAAUUGUGCACGUUGACUUCUGGAGAGCGCCGCAUGCGGUCGGUCAUCCCGUCGACAUCAACCUCUCCCCGAAGGACUUUGCCAGCGUGUCGGAGUUCCUGCAGGCGCACUCCAUCCGCUACGAGGUCACCGUCGAUGAUGUGUACAGUGUUAUCAAGUCCGUCGGCCAGGCCCCGUCGGCGAAAAACGAGACUGCAUUGCCGUUGGAUUACAGCAAGUAUCACACUUGGGAGGAGAUCCAGACUUGGUUGGAUGAACUGGCCACCGAGUAUAGCUCCAUUGCCAAGCUUGUCGAGGUCGGCAAGACGUACGAAGGCCGAGUGCUGCGCGCCGUGCACAUCACUGGCCACUCCAGCAACGCCAGCAAGCCGGCGUUCUGGAUGGACGGCGGCAUACACUCGCGCGAGUGGAUCUCGCCCGCGACGGUCGUCUACAUCCUGGGACAUCUGCUGGAAGGCUACGGCAAGGAGACGAGCAUCACCAGCCUGAUUGACAGCAUGGAUGUCUACAUCUUGCCGGUCUUCAACGCCGACGGAUAUGUCUACACGCACACAACUGAUCGAUUGUGGCGCAAGACUCGUGAGCCGAAUGCCGGCAGCAGCUGUGUUGGAACUGACCCUAACCGCAACUGGGACUGGCACUGGGGAGAGUCUGGUGCCAGCAAGAACCCAUGCCAUGAGGACUACGCCGGUACACAUGCCUUCUCUCAGGUCAGCGUCCGCGACGUGGCCGACUUCCUGAAGAACAUUCCCAACCUGGAGAUCUACAUCAACUUCCACAGCUUUGGUCAACUGUGGAUGUACCCGUGGGCCUACAGCACCGAGUUGACUCCAGACAAUGCUGAUCUGCGUGGCGCUUCCAUUGCAGCCAUUGAUGCUCUGAAGGCUGUGCAUGGUACUGUGUACACGGAGGGACCUAUCGCUCGCAUCAUCUAUGUUGCGUCCGGCUCCACGGCCGACUGGACGUACGGAGCCAUCAAGGUCAAGUACUCGUACGGAAUCGAGCUCAGGGACAAGAGCACGUUCAUUCUGCCGGCGCGCGAGAUUGUUCCCAGCGGCGAGGAGACCUUGCCGGCUGUGAUUGCACUGGCUGAGUAUGCGCUGGAGCACAAGUGAUCAUCAACAUCAUCAACCGUUCCUGUCUCACAGCUUACGAAUGGUCUCGUCUAAUGUACCAUUCUCAACUAUGUUCCUGUCCAGAAUUUCCCUGAACCGGGAGUAUCUUAUAGCCAUUUCAGAAUUUCUAUUAAACUUGUACAAUUCUAUAUUUAUGUCAAAAACCUACAUAUCUCAUUAAUAGGUGCCUCAUGCUUAGAGGGCCAUUGGCGAUUUCUGACGUCGCUGACUUUCUAUCUUUGGUCGUGUUCCAUCUUCUGAUCAUGCAAUCUCUUUUUUUCUAGAGAUUUAUUACAGUUUCAUGAAAAAAAGUGAUUGAUUUCAACCUUUAGGAUUUUAUCAUUAUAGAUUUGUGAUUAGGCCGCCCAGUUAGUUUGUUGCAGGGAGUCGUAAAAUACCGGUAUUUUACGACUCCCUGGUUUGUUGUUCGGGUCACCUGACCAACCGUCUUUUCCCUUGCGAUUCACAAUGUAUGUAGACUUGUGUUUAGUCGUCACGUGCACAUACGAAAGAUGGUAUGGAACCAUGGCUCUACGUUA